ACCUUGAGCCUAAUACUUCGAAUCGGGGACUGUGCUUUUGUAUCAUCAGAGGCAGAGCACAUGGAGCACGACGCGUUUGCGUCACUGGCUGUCUUGCAGCUCUCGUCUCCAUGCCGUCUACUGCCACUGGCUUGCUGCCCAGACAAGGACCUUGUCGUCCUGGUAUCCCGUCUUGGUGGAAGGGAUAGGUUGACUCUAUGGAAAAUGCAAGGAACCAAAAAGUGGGACAUUGAGAUAGAGUGUGACGAAAGCUCCAUUGAAAGCGUAUCAGCGUUAGCCUGGAGUCCGUGUGGUCAGACGAUCGCUGUCUCUCAUGGAUUCUCCCGCGUUACGCUUCAUUCCGUGCAAGAUGGGCGCAUCGAGCGCUCUCUCACUAUCCCGGCAUUGUCGCAUAAUUCUGAACAACAACAUCGAAUAACCGGAGCUUGGUGGUUCCCGGGUUGCCGCGAUUUAUCAAGAAGCACCAUUCCAGAUAUCUUCAAAAGAAACGAAAUCAAUGUCUGUGGAUUGGUUUAUCCUAACACUUCAUCCACUCUUAUCAUACUGAAGACAGGGUCUGCUCUCUCCAUAUUGAAAGUUCUUCCACUCCUCGAUCCCCUUCGAGAAGAAGAUCACAAGCUCACUGCCACCGACCUUUUCGCUUUCCAAGGGACGCAGACAGGUGCCGCGCUGAAGUUAUCCAUACCUGAAGUCAUCAGUGAUUGGCCAUCGUUGCUACCAGACCCAUCUCUUGCUUCUCUAUGCCCUCCGAUCUUGAUCGAUGAACAAGGCAAGACUGCAAAAGAAACACAGAUUUAUAUUUCUGCGGAAGACGAGAACAGUCUCCUCGUGAUAGGUGACGACGAUGGCAAGCUUCACUGUUUCUUGGACGGCAGCUAUUACCUAGGGCCGAUCAGUACGCUUCCAUCGACCGUGCCAACGGCAGUGUUCAAGGAUCCGAAGCAACCGCUAUUUCUACUUCAUCCUCGGGCCUCAGCCUCCGACUUCUUGUCUGCCACGUUUGCGCCUCUAUCGAUCGACUUACCGUUGCUUGCCUCGCAUAGGAUCAGAGAUUUCGCCAGGCUUUCCUCCGCCGCACGGGAGUUGAUGUGGUAUGUCAUGCGGGUCAUUGAAGACCUGCGUGAAGUCUGGUUUGGUUCUGGUUCACUUACUGGAGCACGAGAAGCUGGCCCAAAGUGGAUUCAGCUGCUAGAAACCAGACUUCGUGAUCAAUUUGGCCAGAAGGAACCUAGUGCAAUUCUCGAACUCACUGGUCUCCUAGUCGCUGGUUUGUGUUCUGAGGGACUUUCAGAUUUCUUAUCGUCCAGCGAACAAAUGAGUGAAAGGGCUCUCCAGAAAUGGGAGUCCACGGUGACUGAUGCACUCAUUAAACUGCGCGACUUCUCUACGUUGCGACUCGUUCCUGCGCUUCAACGGUUACAUAUCAUUUUUGAAGAAGUUCGAGGGUGGUCACUUAUUCCUCAAUUCGUCUUGUUUGGAUUCAACACUGACGACAUUACCCAUUGUCUGUCUGUGCUGAAGCAAAGCAUCUUCAUUGCAAAUUUGUUGGCAUUUCAAGCAAGAGGGGAACUUGGGUCAUUCAAACAUUUCCUGAGUUUUCUUCGGUAUGAAAUCGCCUUAGCAGGUAACUCCCCCGAGACCCGCUCACCCCCUGAACAUGAUAUCCUCGAAGUCAAUCACUACUUAAUGUCCGGGCUGAAGACAAGUCAAAUAGACCGGUGGUUCACAGGACCAACUCCCCAAUUUGAUACCGGAGAUCUUGGCUUGCCUCAACAUAACACAGAUACUAACAAAGUUCUUGAAGAAGCACUGGAACAAGCCCACACCGCGUUGCAGGAUCCUUCUCAAACAUCAUGGCAGCCGAAAGUCUCCACGGCCGAUAAAUCACAUCUGGACCGGAAUCUGUGGGUACUUGUUCAUGAUCUGGCUGUCCGGUGUCAGCGGGUCUUUGCACAUGUUUCGAAAGCUACCGCUCGAUCAGCCAUCGUGUCAAGCAAUGUUGGUGCUACGCCAUUUCAGGUAGAGGCGAGUGAAACAGUUUCAAGCGGUGCUUGCCAAUUUAUCCGCGAAAGAGUUGUGCGACAAAAUGAGCCUGGCAACCACCUGCAGCAUCUCGCGAUCUAUUUGGCCUCGGAAAUGCGGCCCCUUUUCUGCCUGACCCGGGCGCCUUACGCAAAAUGUGCCGCUGGGGUUCCGCUGCAUGUUGAUGUCAUUGUUAUGGAGUGCUCCAUAGCUGGUCAUGAGCCCGAGAAUGUUACCGAUGUUCAUCUUUGUAACGCUGAGUUUUUUGACGACGAGAUCCUCGUCAUUGUAUACAAAGUCAGAGGAACCGACGGCCCGAUGUUCGCAGCUACGGUUCACUACAGCGCCCUAGAGUAUCAAACGCAAUCAGAAGGAUACGUAAAUGGCCCCGCACGGAAAGAUAUGAUAGCCAACGUGGUUCAAAGGUUGAAUGAGGGGCAUCUGUUGAAAACCAUCCCGAUCAAGAGACGUCGCCAAUUAACCGCGUGCAGAGACGGAUCAGUAUCCCUCGCGGUCAACGGAAGAGCCGGAAGGAGAGUUGUUUUUAACUCCCAUCACCUGAAGGUCAAACACGUUGACGACGAUCCUACCGCCCCCAUGUCUGAUAUUGCUGUCCGAAAAAAGAAAAAUGCGGAUGCCCAAGCUGCCUUCCGCCAAAGGCGAGCAAACUACAUAGCAACUCUAGAAGAGACAGUCACUAGUCUUGAGUCUGUCGUCCUCCAACUUCAGGAUUCAUGUCGCGAAGCGCGAUCAGAAUCCGGGGAUCUACGACAAGACAAUGCACGCCUUAGACAUGAAUUGCGCGAACGUGAGAAGUUCUGGAGAGCCCUUUGGCAGGCGAGGAAGACAGGACAGGCUCCUGAAUCCGACGACUUGCCCCCGCUCCCUUCAUCUUUUGCUGCUCAUCCUCAACCAACCAACAUCAACAAUCGUACCCCCUCGUCGCAUGGUCAUUAUAGUGAUGAUAGCAUGGGAUAUCAGACCAGCGAUGAGACGUCCAAUUCUUUGUGCAGCAGCUCGUAUACCAGCGCGCCAAGUCACUCAUAUGCGACUCAGUCUCCCGCACUUUCUUACACUGGCGUAGAGACCGAACAGAUAACCUCCGGUGGAACUGGACAUCAUAUGAACGCCCGAGUAUCAAGAUAUGGUUCUUACCCGUAUCCGAUGCAACCCAUCAACCGGGACGGACCAUGGACUCACAACGUGGCGCAGACUACGUCCGCUAAUGGUUCUCCUACCUUGACAUCUCCUGAUGUAUAUGCAAACCGCCCUUUUGAAGAGCAGAAGACUCAACUCAAUCACUUAGAAACAACCCCAUAUCUCUUUCCCAGUAGUCGUUCCAUCUCCCCCACUUCAUCAACUCCCCCAUCCUCAUCUAGCACGUCCUUGACGUCUCCAUUCCAAUUUACGUUCCCUGCUGAUGGCCCGAUCACGCAAGAUCGUGCAGAAUUUGAUUAUCGCAGGCACUCCAAUACCCACGGUGCUGAUUUAACCUUACAUGGUGGCACUGCCGACAUUUCGCUUCCUAGUGCGGGCAGCGACGGUGUGCGUUAUAGACUUGGGGCCCGUCGCGCGAAUUCCGGCCCGAGUCCACUUCUACCCUCCCUUCCUCACUUCUCUGGAAGCGAGAAUGGCUCUCAUCACGAGCGAGGGAGUAGCGAAGGUGAAGCCACCCCCUAUUCGAAACUCCGACCUCGUAGAGCACGUUCUCGGGAGUCGAGGUCACCUUCUCCUAGUGCACCCCCAAUCUCGGGCACGCUGGCGGUCAUCAAAGCUCAAGCUUUUGGAGCACUCCGUCGAACUCGUACCAGGACCAAAAAAACUUCUGAAGGGGCGGCUAAGGUUGCUAUGGAAGUUCUCGAGGCCAGGGGCAUCGGAAUGGGCGUAGUGGCUGGCUCGAAGCGUCCCCGCCUUCACCACGACGAUUCCGACAUGCAAACAUGAUGCAAAUAUAAAUGUACUCCUCAACGAUUACCAGUUCACUCAUUUGAUCCCUAGGGAUUGUAUUAUUCUUCUCGUCACCAGUGGACUAUGUAACCACAAUUAUUUGUACAGCGAUUAAAGAUCCCAGUUACUUACUGUAUUGCACUUACUUCAUAAAGGUCUGCUGCAUAGUGUCACAUGUAAUAUGUUAUGUACCUUCGUUGCACAAUACAUUUAUUAUUAAAACA